UGCAAAAUAGGCAAUGCUGUCAGUGUAAAUUCAACGACACCGUCUAUAUGAACUCGGCUUGCGGCAGACACAGAUCCUUCAUGACGAUGUUGCAGACGCUUGUGAUGUCACAGUGUGAUCUGGCUGACCCUUGCCGAAGGGCGGGGACUGACACUCUUCCACCCCGGGACUGGUUUGACUUUAUUAUUGUGGGAGCGGGUGUUGCCGGCCCUAUAAUAGCGAAGAGACUGAGCGACAAUCAGCAAUGGCAAGUUUUAUUGGUCGAAGCUGGACCGGAAGAACCAACGCUAACUUCACUUCCGGGAUUAUCGUUUAGUGCGAUAAAUUCCUCUCUUGAUUGGAAAUAUUUGACUGAACCGACCCAACCUUACCCAACCGCUUGCCUCGAGAACGGCGGUGUUUGCUCGUGGCCGCGGGGCAAAAUGGUCUCGGGCACCGGUGGCAUGUACGGUAUGAUGUACGUUCGGGGACACCCGUCGAUUUACGACGAAUGGGAGCGGAUGGGUAACCCGGGCUGGUCCUACAAGGAGCUCGAAGAGUACUUCGAACGGGCGGAGAAUCCAAUCAGUCCCGAGUUCGCCAGGAACAAGAUGUUCAAGAAGAUCAAUACGGGCGCUCCGAUGACCAUAGAUUACUUCGGCCAUCGGCCGUAUUUCGCCGAGGAAAUGCUGAAUGCCGCGGCCGAGCUCGGCUACAGGAUCUCGGGUCUGCGCGACACCUCGCAGACGGGAUUUAUGGUGGCGCCGAUGCUCACUCAGGACGGAAUGAGGGGAACCACUUCCAGAUAUUACUUGAGGCCUUCGUCAAACAGACCUAAUCUUCACGUAUUGAUCAACGCCCACGUGACGAAAAUUCUGUUUAUGUCGGAAAUAAAUAGAGCUUACGGGAUAGAGCUGAUUGAUAAGGAUGGCGAGGUGCGCAAAUUUAUGGCGAAUAACGAAAUUAUCUUAACUGCUGGAGCCAUCGGAUCGCCCCAAAUUCUCCUGCAUUCAGGCAUCGGACCCAAGGGGGAUCUCGAGAAACUUAAUAUCCCCGUUAUUCAGGACUUGCCGGUUGGCAAGAAUCUCCAGAAUCACGUAUCCGUUGCCAUCAAGAUGUCGAUCAUGGACAACGAUUACGAGAGCUUGUCACUGGACUCGGUGAACCAGUACGUGUUCAACCGGAGCGGCCCUGUCUCGAGUACGGGCUUGACGCAGCUCACGGCCUUCCUCGAGAGUGACUUCGCCGUUCCCGGGGUGCCGGACAUCCAGGUGUUCUUCGAUGACUUUAGUACGGGUUGCGCGCGCGCUAGCCUGGACAGCCGGGAAUGCCUGGACGAGUCGCUCGACAGCUGCGCCGAGCGCCGGUUGAUCGUCGCGAGACCAACGGUCGUCCGGACCAACAGCCGAGGAUACCUCAAACUCAGGUCCGAUAAUCCUCUUGACCACCCUCUCAUUUAUCCUAACUACUUCACCAACGUCACCGACCUCAAGAUCCUCGUUCAAGGCAUCAAGAAAGUCGUCGAGCUCACCAAGACCAUUGCUAUGUGGAAGUGGGACUUGAAGCUCGAGCCCCAUCAGCACCCUUGGUGCUCGAGGUUUCACUUUGGCACGGAGGCGUACUGGCAGUGUCUCGCCCGUGUGAAAACCGGCCCCGAGAAUCAUCAGUCGGGCACCUGCAGGAUGGGCGGUGACGAGUUCGAGGCCGUCGUCGAUCACGAGCUCCGCGUCCACGGUGUGAGGAACGUCCGCGUGGCCGACGCCUCGGUAUUUCCCGUAUUGACGAACGCGAAUCCCGUGUCGGCCAUCGUCGUCGUCGCCGAGAAGGCCGCCAGCAUGAUCAGCGAUUUCUGGAGGAGGAGCCCCUGGUCCGAAGAAGAGCUCACCACCUUCCGAGCUAUCGCCAACUAUUUAAUAAACAGAGAAUAGCGGAGGAAGAGGAUGGAGAGCUCGGCUAGGUGCGUUUGACCGUGGGCACGACAUUUCUGUCCCAAAUAGCCAAGCGUGAACUACAGGCUCCGUCCAUGUUAAAACCGUUUACAAUGUAAAUCUAUUUCCCAGCACAUUAUCUAUUAUCGUAAUCUUCGUUCUUACUCAAAGGAAUUUUCCUAUUAUUACAUUUCGUAUAACAAAAUU